CCUCCUUUGCUCUUUCUACCUUGUUGUUUUGAGUUUCUGUUGUCGUUUUCUCUUUCCUAGGUUUUUGGUUUUCUCUACGAAAGGCUUUUUUGUUCCAGCUUCAUCAAUGGCACAGGAAGAGGUUGAGAACGGAGGAGCCGAGAAGGUGGCGGCCUUGAAGUUCACGGCGUUGAAACCUCAGCUGAUGGUGGAGGCACCCAAGGCUGUUGAUGCGGUGCAGUUCUACAAAUCCGCUUUCGGCGCCUUUGAGGUUGGCCGCACUGUUCACCCUAAGCGCAAGGCCAAGCAGGUGCUCCCUCACAUCCUCUCCGCUCAACUUGAGCUAGCUGGCUCUACCAUUAUCGUUUCUGAUAUUGUUGAAAACUCUGCUCCGAUGAAAACCGAGGGAGGCGGAUGUGUGCUCUGCCUCGAGACUGACGACAUCGAAGCUGUUGUUGCCAAGGCCGUGAGCGCUGGAGGAGUUGCAAAGAGUGAGAUAGCUGAGGACGACGGCGCGUGCUACGGUGGUCGCGUGGGCAAGGUGAAGGAUCCAUAUGGCUACGUUUGGCUUAUCUGCUGGGGUUUUUACAUAACUGACACCGUUUGAUUUUAAUUUUACUUU